CUAAAAAGUAAACCUAAAAUUGCCCAUCUUGACUUUAACGAACCCUUGUUUCUUCCCCCUCCUUUUUGACUCAUUCCGCAGCACCAAAAACAAGGCGUGCAAGGGACAAAAACUUAAAAAUUAAAAGUCAAUUUCUCCACUUUCUCCUGUUUUCAAUCUCAACUGCUUCGCCCAAAUUGAAACGAAAUUAUAUACGAAGAUUGGGUGAGGUUUGUUGUCUCAUUGGAUCGCAUCUAAAUGAUAUGAGACUCAAUCAGCAUCAUAUUUGAUGUCCUUAUCAAGAAAUGUCCCAGGCUGAUGUCUUCUACAGCUGUGGGUCUUGUGGAUAUCCUCUCAACUUAGCAUCUUCCAAUCGUGUAACUUCAAGCAUUGGAUCCAAAUAUAGUAAAUCUAUUAAGAAAGGUUACAUCUCCUUUCUCUCCAUUGAUCUCAGCCGAUUUACACAAGUUGAUGAAUUGAACUGUCUUCCUAUAUCUUGGGGCCACUACGGUUCGAAAUCUAAACUCCUUUGCCGCCAGUGUGGAGUUCUCAUAGGCUAUGGUUAUGGAGACUCAACUGCUUUUUGUGGUUUUGAUUCACCUGCCUCAUCUAGCGCAUCCUAUAAAAAGAUAAUGAUAAAGAUUCGUGCCUUGCAACCUUCCGAAGACUGUGAAAAUGGAGAAUGAUUCAAUAGAUCAUUUUCCCUACAUUACCCAACUUCCCGAUGAUUGCUUAUACUUCAUUUUUCGGAGGCUUGACUCUAAUUUGGAUCGCGAAUCAUUUGGAUUAACUUGUCGUCGUUGUCUUCAUAUUCAAAAUUCAAGUCGUCGGUCUUUACAUUUUCAAUGUGCGUUUACCCAACGAAGCAUUGCAUCUCUAUCUCAAUCUUCCACUGAAAUUACCUCAUUUCAUCUACAUAGGUUGUUGAACCGAUUCCAACAACUACAGUCAUUAUCCUUGUCUGGAUGCACCGAUCUCCCGGACUCUGGGUUAUCUCUGUUGGCACAUUGUGGCUCAUACUUGCAAAGUUUGCAUCUGGAUUGUUGUUUUGGGAUCACCGAUCAUGGACUAUUCUUUGUGGCAAGUGGUUGUACUUCACUGACAAAUCUAAGUCUUUAUAGGUGCAAUGUUACUGAUAUUGGAUUGGAGACUUUGUCCAAAUCUUGUUUUGGUCUGAAAGAUGUGAAUCUUUCGUAUUGUGGGCUUAUAUCCGAUCAUGGGAUAAGAGCUCUUUCCCAAAAAUGCCCUCAGCUCCGGGCUGUCAAGGUAUCACAUUGCAAAAAUGUCAAUGGCAUUGGCUUUCUAGGAUGUCAGACUCUGACUAAUUUAGAAGCGGAAUCAUGUAAGCUUGAGCCCGAAGGAAUAAUGGGCAUUGUCAGCGGAGGUGGACUCGAGUACUUGAGCGUGUCUAACCUAAUCUGGUGCAUUCAAGGAGAUGGGUUGUUAUCAAUUGGUGCUGGAUAUGCAGCCAAUCUUAGAGUGCUCAAUUUUCGAUUAUGUAGAACUACUGGAGAUGAGACAAUUGUGGCAAUUUCCAAGGGGUGUCCAUUGCUUGAGGAGUGGAACUUGGCAUUAUGUCAUGAAAUUCGGGUGUCUGGGUGGGAAUCUAUUGGUUUAAACUGUCAAAACUUGAAAAGGCUUCAUGUGAAUCGUUGUCGGAAUCUAUGUGAUCAAGGACUGCAAGCUUUGAGGGAUGGCUGCAAACGGCUCAGCAUUUUGUACUUCACUCGCUGUCGACUGGUCAGUUCAACAGCCAUAGAGAUUUUCAAAUGUUUAAGAAGUGAUGUGAAGAUCAUUGAAGAAGAAAUAAUGUGUAUUGCUCCCGAUUGGGCCUUUUGAUUAUAUUGUGUCGAAGAAAUUUGUUCGCCUUUCGAUUAUAGUGUGUCAAAGAAAUUUGUUUUAUAACACUAAUAUAUAUCUUCACAAUGAACAAGUAUUCAACUUAUUUCUUGUUUAAUAGUGUAUGAUUCUAUCUACUUCAACA